AAGGUCCAGCAUGUUGGGAUCGGCAGCACACAGCAGCUCUGAUUCCUUCCCCAACACUGCUCUAAACCUUCCCAUCAACUUGAAUUCUACUUUGACCAAGGAUGAGCGCAUCGAUCACAUCAAGGAGCAGGCUUUCACGUCCUUUAAGCUGAAGGCUGAAAAGUGGAAUCGCUUCAUCUCGACAGAGGAGAACCAAAGACUUUUAUUGGAUUUCUUGGAUGAAGGUCAACAUCAUUCACUGGUCCUUUUCACCAGCCCUGGGGGCAAUCUGUAUGCAAGUGAUGGGCAGACACCGAUUUCUUGGAAAACAAAGCUUCUCUAUGUUUUGCGGAAAAGGACAGUAACCAAAGUAUCCCAGUUUGGCUACAAGCAGGAGACAGAAUUGGGAGAGGUCUCAUCUCGACUUCUUGACCAAGUUCCCAUUCUCAUCAGCCAGGUUUUGUUGGUCAUUCUUUCCAACCCGGAAAAUUUCUGCGGCUGGCCCAGAGUUGUGCUGGAGGAUGCAAGGAAGCACGUUGAGAUGCUCAAAAACACGGUGUACGUUCUGCAAGGGCACGUAGCAAGGAGAACAUUCCUACCCCUCCCCACACUGACAGAAAAUUUUGAUGACGUGGCAAUGGCACAUUACACAGAAACAGCUUUGCUGUAUACAGUUGAAACCAUGGUAGUUCAGUGGACUCAUCUCAUAUCUGAUGUGCUAAGAUUGGAUUCAGCUCAGCUGAUUUUACAGGGAGAAAACCCCGGGCCUUCUGCAGAAAUUCAAUUUUGGCAGCAGCAAAUGGAAAAUCUGCUGGGAAUUUAUGAACAGCUGCAAAACCCAAAGGUUCACAAAGUAACAGAGAUUCUAAACAGGAAAAGAAGCAGCUAUUAUCCUGGCUUUAAUCAGCUCACCUUAAAAGUUGAAGAAGCGGUUUCUGAAGCUCAAGAUAUUUGCUUGUAUCUGGGCCCUUUGAAAUGCUAUAUUGCCUACUUGGAAGAAUCCAGCUUCUUCAAUAUUGAACGUCUCAUUGCUCCCCUUUUCCAUACCAUCUGUCUGAUCUGGACCCAUUCCAAAUACUACUGCUUCGCCAACAGAAUUGUUGUCCUGCUACAGGAGUUUUGCAAUCUUCUAAUUGACAGGGCUUUCUCCUUUCUAAUCCCUGAGGAGAUCUUCACGAUGGACCUGGAAGAGGGAAUGGAAAAAAUAAAGCAAACAAUACAAACCUUCAGAAUGUUCAAGAAUACAUUUUCUACGUAUCAAGAAAAGCUUGCUUGCGAUCAUAGAAAUGAUCACAGUGUGAAGCUGUGGGACUUUCCCUCUCACCUGGUGUUUUCUAGAAUGGAUAAGAUCCUUCAGAGGUUGCUGCAUAUUGAGGAGCUUUUUACAUCAGCUACUGACUUUCUCAAGUUAGAAAAAAUUGAGAUUGGGGGCCUGAGAGGAAAGAUUCUCAGCGAGGAGAUUCACUGCAUGAAUGAAGAAUUUCAUGAAAGCUGGAAGGUCCUUCAAGAAAGUAAAUAUGACCCACUGGACUACAACAACCUGGAAUUUCUGUCUGACUGCAAAAGAUACAUUCAGCAGAUUAAUGACUUUGAUAACCGGUUGGCAACAAUACUAAAUUUUGCCUUUCAAGAGCCAAAGGGACUAGAAUCAGUUUUCAAGAUUUUGCAGAUAUUUGGAAAACUUCUGGAAAGGCCUGUCAUCUAUUCUCAUUUUUAUCCAAACGUUGCUGUUCUUCUUUCAAUGUUUGAUGAGGAAAUUACCUGCUGCAAGCAAAUCUUUGACAAUCAAAUAGAAAAAUUAAGGGAUGGAGGCAAUGCACUUCAUAAAAACAUGCCAGUGACUGCAGGCAAUUUAAAAUGGUCUCAGGAGUUACGAGAGAGACUGCUGAAGCACAGAACACAUUUUAGGCGCAUCAAUCAUCUGAUUCUGCAGACAGAGGAAACCAAUUUUGUCUUCCGAAAAUGUGAGAAAAUGUUGGACUUAUUGGAUAAACACGAUGAGGAGAUUUAUACCACAUGGGCACAAGAUUUAAACCACCUUUGUGAAGCACAUCUCAGUCAACCAAUUCUCAGAUAUGAUGACUGUGGAUUGUUUGAAGUAAACUUUAAUGAAAAGCUCUCUGCCGUCCUCAGGGAAGUGAAAUACCUUGAGGUUUUAAAACACCCUGAUAUACCUGAGGUUGCCAUGCAAUUGUAUUCCAAGAGAGAAACCCUUUACAAGUACAUUGGCAGUUUAAAUUUAAUUACCAGGCAAUAUAACCAGUUGCAGAGGACAAUUCUGCCUGAGGAAGCAGAGCUCAUAGCGCACGAGAUUGGGAGAAUCAACCAACAGUUAAAGCCUGCUUUCGACACACUGACCUGGCAAAAUGAGAGACUGUGGGACUAUAUUGAAGAAACCAAGGGACUUGUUGAAAACGUAGGCAGCAGGCUCCAGAAAGCCAAGGAGAAUGUUGGGUUGAUCCAGAACCUGUUGCAUAGACUGAGUGAAACUUCGUUCCUUGUACGAAAAGCUGGUGUCCCUUCUUUGCUGCUGUGCCUUGAUAACAAUGAAAGAAUGUGCCAGCUAUAUGGAUCAGUCCAAGAGAUGAGCACCAGGAUCCACCAAUUGGUUCAGGACAAUCAGAACUUGUUUCAGGCAGAUCCUCUUUCUGAUGAAUGGAAAGCCUACAUUGAAUACAUAGAUCACAUGAUUUCAGAUGGACUGUUUCAAGCUAUCAAGUGUCCUCUUCAGUACCUGUUUGAAAACACAGAGACAACCUCAAAACCCACUCCCUUAUUUGAAGCGCAGCUCAUUCUUAACGACAACGAAAUGACUUUUAAGCCUUCUUUGGAGCACACUGUCAAUGGCAAUUUUUCCGACAUCGUGGAGGGCCUAAUCCAGAACAUUUACCUGAUUGCAUCAAAUAUAAACAGAGUUGCCAAGCAUCUUGGACAUAACACUUAUCAGGAUGAUGUGGACCAGAUGGAUACACUGGAUAAAAUGCGCCGGGAAAUCAUGAGCAGGGUGCACUCGGUCAUUGUUAAUGUUCAGGAAUAUCAAAGCUACUUUAGGAAAUACAGCCACUUAUGGAUGGAUGAUAAAGCCAAAUUUAUGAAGCAGUUCCUUCUCUAUGGACGAUUUCUCCGUACUGAAGAGCUGGAAUUAUAUGCAGACUAUGAACUUCAGAAAUGUUCCCCACAGUUAAAUCACUUUAAACAACAGAUCAGCAUUUAUGAAGCCCUGCAUGAAGAAGUAAGCAAGUUUGAGAACCAGAAGAUUUUUAACGGCUGGUUUCAAGUUGAUAUUAAGCCUUUUAAGAUAGCUGUGAUGAAUGUUAUUAAAAAAUGGAGCUGGAUGUUUCAGGAGCAUCUGCUCAACUACGUAGCCCAAAGCAUUACAGAAUUAGCCAAGUUCAUCCAUGAAACGGAAAAAGGGUUAGCUAAGAAAGUGAAUGAAGGAGAUUAUGCGGUUCUGGUUGAAAUAAUGGGACACCUCAUGGCUAUCCGCGACCGACAGUCCAUUGAAGAUAUUUUCAAGCCUUUAAAAUCCACAGCUGAAUUGCUGCGAAGCUAUGGGCAACAGCUACCAGAGCAGAUUUACACAGAACUUGAGGAAUUACCUGAAAAGUGGAAGAAUCUUAAAAAGAUUGCCUUCACUGUGAAGCAUGAAGUGGCUCCUCUACAGUCCAAUGAAGUGUCUGUUAUCAGAAGAAAAUGUGUACUUUUUGAGGUUAAACAGCAAGAGUUCAGAAACAGAUUUAAAAAUGAAGCCAUCUUUAGAUUUGAUGCUGGGAAUCCAUAUGCAUGCAUGGACAAGACUCAUAAAGACAUUGCAAAACUAGAGACAGAAAUGAAAAUGCUGCAGGAAACUGCAAAGCUUUUUGAAGUGAGUGUACCAGAAUACAAGCAGCUGAAGCAGUGCCGUACUGAUGCCAUCUUGCUUAAAUCAGUCUGGGAUAUGGUGGUGUUUGUCCAGAUGAGCAUUAAAGACUGGAUGAAAACUCCAUGGAAACAAAUAAAUGUUGAACAAAUGGAUGUGGACCUUAGAAGAUUUUCAAAGGACAUGAAGACUUUGGAUAAAGGAAUACGUGCUUGGCAUGUAUACGUGGGAUUAGAGUCAACAGUUAAGAAUUUGUUAACCUCCUUGAGAGCAGUGAAUGAACUUCAGAACCCUGCCGUCCGGAAAAGACACUGGCAACAACUUAUGGCUGCAACAGGGGUCUGCUUUGUCAUGAACGAAGACACUACACUAGGGGACCUUUUAGCUCUCCAGCUCCACAGGGUAGAAGAUGAAGUGAAACAUAUUGUGGAUAAAGCUGUGAAAGAAAUGGCAAUAGAAAAAGCACUCAUGGAAAUCAAUCAGACAUGGGGUGUUAUGGAUUUCUCAUAUGAAGAACAUCGCAGCACUGGCACGCCGUUGUUGAAAUCCGACGAAAACCUUAUAGAAACACUAGAAGACAACCAGGUGCUGCUUCAGAACAUUCUGAUGAGUAAAUAUGUGGAAUAUUUCUUGGUGGAGGUCAGUAGUUGGCAAAAGAGCUUAAUGGUAGCAGACAUGGUAAUUUCACUGUGGCUGGAAGUCCAGCAAACCUGGGCUCAUCUCCAGAGUAUCUUCACCAAUUCUGAGGAUAUACGGAACCAGCUUUCAGAAGAUGCUAAAAGAUUUGAGGGGAUUGAUAAGGAUUUCAAGGAACUUAUGGCUGUGGUGGUGAAGGCAAAGAAAGUCAUAGAAGUAACAAACCAGAUGGGAUUACUUGGAAAACUGGAAGUUCUUCAACAAAGGCUCACACUUUGUGAGAAAUCCUUGGCAGAUUACUUAGAUGCCAAGAGACUCACCUUUCCAAGAUUCUAUUUUGUCUCUGCAGUAGAUUUGUUAGAAAUCAUCUCUAAAGGAACUCAUCCCAAGCAGAUUACCAGGCACUUGGUGAAGCUCUUUGACAAUGUGGCCGACCUUCAAUUUGAAGAGGACAAAAACACUGAAAUACAAAUGGCCAUAGGAAUGUACAGCAGAGAAGGAGAGUUUGUGGUCUUCUCGGAGCCCUGUUUCUGCAAGGGGCAGGCAGAAUGCUGGCUAAGCUCUUUAGAGGAGGCCAUGCACAGGACAGUCAAGCAGAAGAUAAUGGAAGCUGUGGCAGCCUAUGAGGAUAAGUCCCGAGACCAGUGGCUGUUUGACUUCCCAGCCCAAGUGGCUUUAACCAGCAGUCAAAUCUGGUGGGCAGCUGAUGUCAGAAUGGCUUUUGACCAGCUCGAGGAAGGCUUUGAAACAGCCUUGAAAGAUUACAACCGCAAACAGAUUGCUCAACUGAACGCCCUUAUAAACAUGCUGUUAGGGGAACUCACCCCUGGAGAUCGUCAGAAGAUCAUGACAAUAUGCACAAUUGAUGUACAUGCUAGAGAUGUUGUAGCCAAGCUUAUAGCACAGAAGGUUUCCAAUGGACAAGCGUUUACUUGGCUAUCACAGUUGCGUCACAGGUGGGACGAAGAGCAGGGCAAGUGCUUCGUCAACAUUUGUGACGCUCAGUUUCAAUACUUUUAUGAAUACCUUGGAAACAGCCCCAGGCUUGUAAUUACGCCACUGACCGACAGAUGCUAUAUUACAUUGACACAGUCUCUUCACUUGACCAUGAGUGGCGCACUGUCAGGCCCUGCAGGAACAGGAAAAACAGAAACCACCAAGGACUUAGGCCGUUCUCUUGGAAUGAUGGUCUAUGUUUUCAACUGCUCUGAACAAAUGGAUUAUAAGUCAAUUGGAAAUAUCUACAAAGGUUUGUGCCAAACUGGCGUGUGGGGUUGUUUUGAUGAGUUCAACCGCAUUUCUGUGGAGGUGCUGUCUGUCGUUGCUGUUCAGGUUAAAACUAUUCAGGAUGCCAUCCGUCACAAGAAGAAAAGAUUCAAUUUUUUAGGUGAGAGUAUUGAAUUGAAAGCAACCGUGGGGAUCUUCAUAACUCUUAAUCCGGGUUAUGCAGGAAGAGCAGAACUUCCAGAAAACCUUAAAGCUCUUUUCCGACCCUGUGCAAUGGUGAUUCCAGACUUCGAACUUAUUUGUGAAAUAAUGCUGGUGGCGGAAGGAUUUGUGGAUGCCCGACUGCUUUCUAGAAAGUUCAUUUGUCUCUACAAACUUUGCCAUGAACUUCUUUCAAAACAGGAUCAUUAUGACUGGGGUCUUAGAGCUAUGAAAUCAGUUUUAGUUGUGGCUGGAUCACUGAAACGAGAAGACCAAAGCAAACCUGAAGACCAGGUUUUGAUGAGAGCCCUCAGGGAUUUUAAUCUUCCGAAGGUAGUCACUAAUGAUGCCCCUAUAUUCCUGGGCCUGAUCAACGACUUGUUUCCAUUGCUGGAAGUUCCACGGAAAAGGGAUCUGAAGUUGGAACAGCUGGUGCGCCAGUCCAUUGCAGAACUCCAUUUGCAGCCCGAGGAAAACUUUAUCCUGAAGGUUAUGCAGUUAGAAGAACUACUGGCUGUCAGGCAUUCGGUCUUUGUGGUUGGAAAUGCUGGGACAGGGAAAAGCCAGAUAUUAAAGACACUACAUGCGACUUACUCAAAUAUGAAGCUGAGGCCAGUAUGGAAUGCUAUCAACCCCAAAGCUGUCACAACGGAUGAACUUUUUGGGUUUCUCCACCCUUCAACAAGGGAGUGGAAAGAUGGCUUGUUUUCUUCCAUGAUGAGAGAACUGUCUAGCAUCAUGCAUGAUGGCCCCAAAUGGAUUGUGCUGGACGGUGACAUUGAUCCUAUGUGGAUUGAGUCACUCAACACUGUCAUGGAUGACAAUAAGGUUCUGACUUUAGCAAGUAACGAACGGAUUUCAUUAACCCCUUCCAUGCGGCUGGUGUUUGAAAUAAGCCACCUUCGGGCAGCAACUCCAGCCACUGUGUCGAGAGCUGGCAUCCUCUAUGUGAAUACGCAAGACCUAGGCUGGAGUCCAUAUGUGACUAGCUGGAUUGAAACUCGCAAAGCACAGACGGAAAGAGCAAAUCUAACCAUCCUUUUUGACAAAUAUGUUCCUUACUGCUUGGAGCAAGUCCGCUGCAACUUGAAAACCAUCACCCCCGUUCCAGAGAACAGCAUGGUUCAGACUUUGUGUUCAUUACUGGAUUGUCUCCUGACCCCGGAGAACGCUCCCCCAGACUCUCCUCGUGAACUCUAUGAAGUAUAUUUUGCAUUUGCAAGCGUAUGGGCCUUCGGUGGUGCUUUGUUCCAAGACCAGCUAAUUGAUUAUCGCAUGGAGUUUAGUAGAUGGUGGAUCAAAGAAAUGCGAACGAUAAAAUUUCCUUCCCAAGGGACGGUUUUUGAUUACUUCAUUGACCCGGAUACGAAAAAAUUUACUUUGUGGAGUGAGAAAAUUCCAGGCACCGAAAUAGAAGCAGAUGUCCCUCUCCAGACAGUCUUGAUUCAUACAUCCGAGACCAUUCGCUUGAAAUAUUUUGUGGAUUUGCUUUUGGAGAAGGGUCAGCCAAUUAUGCUGGUGGGAAAUGCUGGAGUUGGAAAAACCAUUCUCAUGUUGGACAAGUUUAGCAAGCUCUCAGAAGAUUAUAUGGUGGCCAAAGUCCCUUUCAAUUAUUACACAACAUCUGCUAUGCUUCAGCGUGUUCUUGAAAGGUCCUUGGAAAAGAAAGCUGGCAGAAAUUAUGCUCCUCCAGGCAUGAGAAAAUUAAUUUACUUCAUUGAUGAUCUUAAUAUGCCUGAGGUGGAUGCCUAUGGGACUGUCCAGUCUCAUACUUUAAUUAGACAGCACCUCGACUAUAGUCAUUGGUAUGACAGACAGAAACUGAUUUUGAAAGAAAUUCACAAUUGUCAGUAUGUCACGUGCAUGAAUCCCACGGCUGGAAGUUUUUCAGUAAAUCAGCGUCUUCAAAGACAUUUCUCUGUGUUUGCUGUCCACUUCCCAGGAGCAGAUGCUUUAGCAACUAUCUACGGGAAGAUAAUGAACAUGUAUUUCCAGCAAGGGGGAUUCUGUUACAGUAUAGGGAAGUCCGUCGGCACACUUGUCCAAGCUGCCAUUUCACUGCACCAGAAGAUGACGCAGAAUUUUCUACCCACGGCCAUCCGAUUUCAUUAUAUUUUUAAUCUGAGACAUUUGACACGCAUAUUCCAGGGUAUGCUUUUCGCAACCCCGGACUGUGUGCGGUCUCCUAUUGACUUGGUCCAUUUAUGGUUUCAUGAAUCUUCCCGAGUCUACUCAGAUAAACUUAUGGAGGAAAAUGAUAUUGAACAUUAUAACAAAGUGCUUAUUGAUACAGCCAAAAGGCAUUUUGAGGGUGUUGAUGAGCACAUAUUUAUCUAUAAGCCACUAAUUUACUGCCACUUUGCCCAUGGUGUUGGAGAACCUCGUUACUUUCCAGUAUCUGAUUGGAAGAAGCUGACCAGAAUUUUAACAGAGGCGUUAGAGCACUACAACGAACUGCAUGCAGCAAUGAACCUUGUUCUCUUUGAGGAUGCCAUACAGCACGUCUGCCGCAUCAACCGUAUUCUUGAAGCUCCCUAUGGAAAUGCGCUUCUGAUUGGAGUCGGAGGAAGUGGAAAGCAAAGUCUGUGCCGCUUAGCUGCUUUUCUCAGCUCACUGGAAGUCUUCCAGAUCACCCUGCGCAAAAGCUAUGGGAUUCAUGAUCUCAGGAGUGAUAUUGCUACACUUUACUUUAAAGUUGGCGUGAAGAACAUCGGCACUGUGUUUCUUCACGCAGAUGCUCAGAUCCCUGAUGAGCGUUUCCUCGUAUUAAUUAACGACAUGCUGGCAUCAGGUGAUAUCCCUGAUUUAUUUAAUGAAGAUGAAGUGGAUAGCAUAGUAUCUUCUACAAGGCUGGAACUGCGGGGGCUUGGCCAGGCUGAUUCAAAAGAGAACUGCUGGCAAUUUUUUAUUGACCGAAUUCGUCGGCAACUAAAGGUUGUGUUAUGCUUCUCCCCGGUGGGUUUCACCCUGAGAGCAAGAGCAAGGAAAUUUCCAGCCCUUGUCAAUUGCACUGCCAUUGACUGGUUCCAUGCUUGGCCCCUGGUCGCUCUCCAGUCCGUUAGCACCAGUUUCGUUGACAAGAUGGAUUUACUUGAUCCUCACGUGAAGCCUUCAAUCAGCCACUUCAUUGCUUUUGCACACACAAGUGUUAAUGAAGUAAGUGUCAAAUACCAGCAGAAUGAGAAGCGUUAUAACUACACAACACCAAAGAGUUUUCUGGAACUAAUUAAACUCUACCAGAAUCUGCUAGCGAAGAAGAGAAAAGAGUUGGUUCAAAAAAUGGAAAGAUUGGAAAACGGGCUACAAAAGCUGCAGACUACAGCUUCACAGGUGGAAGAUCUGAAGUCUAAGCUUGCCGUUCAAGAGAUAGAACUUCAUCAGAGAAACAAAGACACUGAGGCUCUUAUUGACAAAAUUGGACAACAGACGCAAAAACUAAGUCAAGAAAAAGCCACCGCAGAUGAGGAGGAGCAGAAGGUGGCGGCCAUUCAGGCAGAAGUAACAAAGCAGCAGAAAGAAUCUGAAAAUGACCUUGCCAAAGCCGAGCCAGCUCUAAAGGCUGCAAAUGCUGCCCUGAACACACUGAAUAGGCUGAACCUGACUGAGCUAAGAACUUUCCCAAACCCACCUGCUAUCGUAACAAAUGUGACGGCUGCUGUCCUGGUUCUCUCGUCCCCGAGCGGCAAGAUUCCAAAGGACCGGAGCUGGAAAACGGCCAAGAUGUAUAUGAGCAAGGUAGAUGAAUUCCUCCAAAGUCUCAUCAAUUUUGACAAAGAACAUAUCCCGGAUGCCACUGUUAAAGCUGUAAAAGAAGAUUAUCUGAGUGAUCCAGAGUUCAGCCCAGAGUUUGUACGGACAAAAUCUUCAGCAGCUGCUGGUCUUUGUGCGUGGGUUAUUAAUAUCGUUAAAUUCCACGAGGUUUACUGCGAAGUAGAUCAAAAACGGCAAGCCCUGGCACAGGCCAAUGCAGACUUGGUCGUUGCAGCGGAAAAACUUGAGUCAAUAAGGAAGAAGCUCAAUGAACUAGACACAAACCUGGCUGCCUUCACCACUUCCUUUGAGAGGGCGACAGCUGAGAAAAUCCGCUGCCAGGAAGAAGUGAAUAGAACUAAUAAGACUAUUGAGCUGGCCAACAGAUUAGUGAAAGGUCUGGAGUCAGAGAAUGUGAGGUGGGCUCAGUCCGUAGCUCAGUAUCAUGAGCAAGAGAAGACCCUGUGCGGAGAUGUGCUUCUAACAGCGGCAUUCAUUUCGUACGCUGGGCCAUUUGCCAAACGGUAUCGGCAUGAGCUAGUUCAGAAUCUGUGGCUGCCCUUCUUGAGAAGCCAAAAGGUUCCCAUUCCAAUGACUGAAGGUCUUGAUCCGAUCUCCAUGCUGACGGAUGAUGCAACAAUUGCUAAAUGGAACAAUGAAGGCUUGCCUAGUGAUACCAUGUCCACGCAAAACGCCACUAUUCUUACAAACUGCGAACGUUGGCCUCUAUUGAUUGACCCCCAGCACCAGGGGAUCAAAUGGAUAAAAAGCAGAUAUGACUCGGAUUUGAAAGUCAUCCAUUUGAGUCAGAAAGGAUAUGUCGAUGUGAUAGAAGAAGCUAUUGUUGCUGGAGCCCCUGUUUUAAUAGAAAACCUGGAGGAGACCAUUGAUCCUGUGCUUGACCCUCUGCUUGGAAGGCACAUGCUCAAAAAAGGAAGGUAUAUUAGAGUAGGAGAUAAGGAGUGUAAAUUUCACCCUAAAUUCCGGCUCAUCCUCCACACCAAACUUGCUAAUCCCCAUUAUAAACCAGAAAUCCAGGCUCAGACCACAUUAAUCAAUUUUACUGUCACACGAGAUGGUUUAGAGGAUCAACUGUUGGCAGAUGUUGUCAACGUGGAAAGACCUGAUCUGGAACACUUUAAGUCUGAACUCACAAAGCAGCAAAAUUAUUUUAAAAUUGAGUUGAAAAUGCUUGAAGAUGAAUUACUAACACGCCUUUCAGCUGCCGAGAGUAAUUUCCUUGGGGAUACCCUUUUGGUUGAGAGACUGGAAACAACAAAACACACAGCGGCAGAAAUAGAAAUUAAGGUUAUGGAAGCCAACAUCAAUGAAGUCAAGAUCAACGAGGCCCGUGAGCAUUACCGCCCAGUACCAGCAAGAGCCUCGCUUCUCUACUUCCUCAUGGAUGAGCUGAAGAAAAUCAAUCCAAUGUAUCAGUUCUCACUCAAGGCAUUUAAUGUCGUAUUUCACAAAGCAGUGCAACGAGCAGAACCUUCCAACAAUGUGAAAGAGAGGGUCAACAAUCUGAUUGACUGUGUAACCUACUCUACUUUUAUUUAUAUCAGUCGCGGGCUAUUUGAGAGAGACAAGCUUACUGUCACGGCCCAAGUAGCUUUCCAGCUCUUGCUUAUGAAUAAGGAAAUUGAUGCCCGUGACCUAGAUUUCCUUCUGAGAUUUAAUAUUGACCACAGUUAUAACAGCCCUCUGGAUUUCCUCUCCAAUUCCACCUGGAGCGCUAUUAAGACAAUGAGCUUCAUGGAUGAAUUUCGUGGCUUGGAUAAAGACAUAGAAGGCUCUCCAAAACGAUGGAAAAAAGUGGUGGAGUCAGAAUGUCCCGAGAAAGAGAAGUUUCCACAAGAAUGGAAGACCAAAAGUUCCCUCCAGAAACUGAUUAUGAUGAGAGCCUUGAGGCCAGAUCGGAUGACAUAUGCUGUCAGGAACUUUGUUGAGGAGAAACUUGGAAGCAAAUUCGCGGAGGGACGUAAAACUGACUUUGCGAAAUUGUUUCAAGAGAGCGGGCCUGCUUUGCCAAUAAUUUUCAUCUUAUCUCCCGGAGUUGACCCACUGAAAGAUGUGGAAUCUUUAGGGAGCAAGCUUGGCUUUACCAUUGAUUCGGGGAAGCUUCACAACGUGUCUCUGGGUCAAGGGCAGGAGGCCAUAGCUGAGAUGGCUCUGGAAAAGGCAUCGAAAGAAGGCCAUUGGGUUAUCCUCCAAAAUAUUCAUCUUGUUGCAAAGUGGCUUGACACAUUAGAGGAAUUACUGGAGAAGUACAGUGAAGGAAGUCACUCAGCCUAUCGUGUUUAUAUGAGUGUUGAACCUGCCCCCACCCCUAAAGAGCAUGUAAUUCCACAGGGAAUCUUGGAAAACUCUAUUAAAAUAACCAAUGAACCACCAACCGGGAUGCUGGCUAAUCUUCACGCUGCGUUGGAUAAUUUUGACCAGAACAUUCUUGAUCAGUGUACUCGUGAGCAGGAAUUUAAGGCGAUUCUGUUUCCACUCUGCUACUUUCAUGCCUGUGUGGCUGAGCGGCGGAAAUUCGGACCUCGGGGCUGGAACAGGAAAUACCCUUUCAACAACGGGGACCUAACCAUUUCGGUCAAUGUUCUGUACAAUUACCUAGAAGGGAACUCACAGGUACCCUGGGAAGAUCUACGUUACUUGUUUGGAGAGAUUAUGUAUGGCGGUCAUAUUACAGACGAUUGGGAUAGGCGGCUGUGCUGUACUUACCUGGAAGAAUAUAUGCAACCCUAUCAGUUUGAUCGGAAACUGGCCCUUGCUCCUGGCUUUGUAGUGCCUUCGAACCUGGAUUACCAAGGUUACCACAAAUAUAUUGAUGAAAUGCUUCCCCCCGAAAGCCCAGUCCAUUAUGGCCUCCAUCCCAACGCAGAGAUCGAAUUCUUGACAGUGACUUCAGACAACCUGUUCCAUUCUCUGCUUGAGCUACAAUCCCAAGACUCCAUCACUGGGGAAGGAGCAUCACAGACCGUGGAAGAAAAGGUAAAGGCCAUAUUAGAUGACAUACAAGAGAAGCUUCCGGAAGGAUAUAACAUGUCUGACCUUACCUCAAAAACAGCUGAACGUUCUCCAUAUAUCCUGGUUUGCUUUCAAGAAUGUGAACGGAUGAAUAUACUCUUACAUGAGAUAAGACGUUCCCUUAAAGAACUUGAUCUUGGUCUUAAGGGUGAGUUGGCAAUCUCUGCUGAGAUGGAGCAACUACAGACAGCUCUUUUUUUGGAUAAUCUUCCUGACACUUGGAUGAAACUGGCUUAUCCAUCAACCUACAGCCUAGCUCAGUGGUACAACGAUCUCCUUCUGCGCUGCCGUGAGCUCGAUUCCUGGGCGCAGGAUCUCACCCUCCCCAGUGUCGUCUGGAUAUCAGGCUUUUUCAACCCCCAGUCCUUCCUCACAGCUGUCAUGCAGAGCCUCGCCCAUAAAAACGAAUGGCCUUUGGAUAAGAUGCACAUAACGGUGGACGUCACCAAAAAAUACAAAGAGGAGUUUACGCAGCCUGCUAGAGAAGGGGCAUACAUACACGGCUUGUACUUGGAAGGUGCUUGCUGGGAUGUCCAGGGGGGUCACAUAGCUGAAGCUUGCCUGAAAGCACCGACACAGGCUAUGCCUGUUGUGUUUGUAAGAGCCAUCCCCAACGACAGGCAAGAGACAAGGAAUAUUUACGAAUGCCCAGUGUACAAGACAAAACUAAGGGGCUCCACUUAUGUGUGCACUUUCCAUUUAAAAUCAAGGGAAAGGCCAGCUAAAUGGAUUCUUGCUGGUGUUGCUUUGCUUUUAAGUGUGUGA